AUGCGUCGCAACCCACCAAGACGCCGCUUAGGCGCAUUCGCCGCCGCUGCGUCUCUCAUCCCCGCCGCCAUCGCGGCAUCAACACCCGCACCCGCAGACCUCCCGGCCAUCGACUUUGGUCGCAUGGGUAGCGUGGGUCUGGGUGGCGCCUUUGCAGGCCUCGACUGGUUCUCAGCACAGUCGCCCUUUGCAGCUUCCUCGUCAAGCUCGUCCUCGUCAACAUCGUCAUAUUCUGCGGAUGGCGGGACACUGGUUAUGCGCAACGCCGACGGAUCGUUCACCCCUCUCGGUGCAACAAACACGGGCGGCUCGAUAAACGCCAUCUGCUGGGCGUCUUCUGCAGCCUCGUCGUCCGACUCCUCUGCGAACAAUGGCACGCUGUACAUUGGCGGCUCGUUCACGUCCGUGGGAUCCACCUCGUCUUCCAACGUCAUUGCAUACGAUAUUUCACAAGGCAAGUUUGUCGCCAUGUCAGGCUUGUCAGGCCCCGUCGAGUCGCUGUAUUGCGACGAUUCGCAUAGCGAGGUCUGGGCGGGAGGAGUUUUCUCCGCACCAGCAGGAAGUGGAGCAAACGUUGCAGUAUGGUCAACUGAGACAUACGCUUGGACCGCCGUGCCGUUUGGCGGCCUCAACGCCGCGGUCGAGUCCAUCUCGGCCAGCGCAGACGGCAACAGCUUGUACUUUGCAGGCCAGUUUACCACUCAGUUUGCGGACAGCGGCACAGUGUCGACGGUAGCCGCGUUCCGCAACCUCGCAUCCGUCUCGCUUGCCCCAACCGACACUGUCACAACCGGCAACUCGGGCUACUUUGCGCCAUACACUUUCACCCAAGGUGGAGUGGCCAUCUCGGCCAGCCCAACAACAAGUCAGGCCAGCUACGACAGCGCCGACGUCCUGCUCUGCAGCGGCGCAGGCACCUGGUUUGCCGACGACGACACCACGUCCGAGAUCAACCUCAUCGCCCAGUCCUACCUCUCAGCAACGGGCGUGCGCAUUGCCAAUGGUCAAGUCGAUGGCCGUGCAACCACCGGGUUUCAGCUCACCACCCUGCCCGAUGGGACCCUCCGCACACUCACCUACACGGACCCCUCGACUGGUCAGAACGCGACGUGCUCGGACAACUGCCCCCUUUCUGUGCUCUCGACUGUCGCAGCGCAGGAUUUCAUCUUUGCCGACGGCUCGCUCACCAUUACUGGUGUGCAGAUUGACAUUAACGAGUGGCAGGGAGACAGCGCCGCGCUCGAGUAUGUGCAGCUUCUCUCCGAGGGCGUGUACGCUUCGUUCCAGACCGGAACGGACGUGUGCAGUAGCAACGCGACCACAUCACUCGGCUCGGUCCUGGCAGUGACCCCCCAGGCCUCGACCGUUUUGGCUGUUGGCAACUGGGAGGCCGCCAUCGCCGACUCGAGCGCCGACCCCGGUAUCCAGAUCAACUACAUGAUGGCCCAAGUCAACGUCGACGCCGUCUCGACCUCCGACACGCAGCUCACCCUCUACCCCUACGUCGGCAUUUCGGGCUACUACCAGGUCUACCUCCAGAUUCCCGGCUGUGCCAGCAUUGGUGACUGCAACCAGCGCACCAGUGUGACCGUCUUCAUCUUCCCUCAGGAGGGCGGUACCCCGUACUCGAUCUCGGUGGAUGAGAACGUGCAAGACGACACAAACGUUCUCAUCUAUUCUGGCCUUGUGGAUGCCUCCACUGCCACCUUUGGGCCUACCAUCACCGUGUCCCUCACCAACCCCAACGCCAUCACUGGCGACUCGUACAUUAUUGUCGCUAGCGGUGUCCAGAUGACCUUCAGCGGCCCGGCAGGUACUACCUCGACUGUCACUCCGCCCACUGUUGUCAGCACGGGUUCGCUCAGCGGGUCGUCGGCGGCUUCGGGCGCUGCGUCCACCGGAUCGGCAGCCGGGACCGGGGGCACAGCAUUGGCCGGCACCCAAGGUACUGGAAGUGGCACAGCUGCAAACACCGGAUCGGCGACUGGACAGACUGCCGGUACGGCGACUAGCGGUACUGCGAUCGUCUCGACGUCGUCACCUGUGUCGACCUCGGGCAUCUCUACUACGUCCACAUCGUCCACAUCGACCACUUCGGCCUUGCCUUCCGCCACGCCGAUCCGUGUCGCGUUCGGUGUUUACCAGUGGACUCGUUCCUCCAAUGUCAACGCCACCUCUGUCCUCGCCAACUCGACCGAGUCGACCCUCACUCAGCUUGGUUUCGCCCUCGACUCUGCUUACAAUGCGUCGUCAACUAAAGACUUUAGCGUCAACGCCGUCACGUCCGCCAACGACACCAUCUUUGUCGGCGGCAAGUUUUCGACUUCUACCUACGCCAACAUCGUUGCCGUGUCGAGCGCUGGCGCUUCUGCUGUCGCAGGCCAGGGUCUGAACGGCGACGUCAACACCCUGGCUACCGUCGGCAACUACGUCUACUGUGGCGGUGCCUUUACUGGCAUUCAGCAGAGUGGCACCACUCUCCAGUACCUCGCUCGCUACGAUCCCAAUGUCAAGGCUUGGGCUGCCGUGGGCGGCGGUGUUGAUGGCCCCGUCGAGACUAUCGUACCUCUCACCAGUGGCUUUGCGGUUGUGGGCAACUUUACCAACGUCAUCGACGCCAACGGUUCGACUACCUCAACUGGCGGCUACGCUGUGUACAAUACGUCUACCUCCGCCUGGAACACAGGAGGCAUCAUCUACGGCACGGGCUCGGCUGGUACUGCUGGCGGUAACACGACGUUCAUCGCUGGCUCGUUCACCGGCUCGUCCCAGAACGCGGUCAACGGUGUUGCAUCGCUCACCACAAACUCGGACGGCAAGGCUGCAAUCAGCAGCAUGCCUGGCGUUUCCUUCUCGAACAACGGCUCGGCUUCGACAUCCACCUCGAGCCGCCGUCGCUCCCUUACUGCCCGUCUCCUGUCGCACGUUCGCCGCAGCGUUAUCGACGCCCACCUCGUGGAGCGUGCCGACGCCAUUGCCAUCCCCGAAGAACCUGCUGCCGCCCCGGCCACCCUCGCUGGCGCGUACUGGACAAACACGUCGGCGUCGGGCAGCCCCACUGUCACCAUUCUCGGUGGCAACUUUACCAGCGGUUCGAACAUUGCUGGCCUUGCCUUUGAUAGCCCCAGCGGCAUGACUGGCCCUGGCAAGCCUGUUUCUGGUGUCGUCCGCGCUCUGGCCGUAGUCGACAACGAGCUCUUUGUUGGCGGUACCAACGUCACCGUCAGCGGUGUUGGCUCGGGUAUCAUCCUGUACGACCUUGCCAACAACUCAUGGUCGGCCAGCGGCAUGUCCUCGCUCGUGGUCUCGAACAGCGGCGAGGUCAACGUCAACGCGAUCAAGAACCGUCUCGACACCAAGACCAUCGUCGCCGCUGGCAACUUUGAGUCGGCCGGCUCCUUGCCCUGCCCCGCCGUCUGUUUCUGGGACGUCUCCUCGCGCCAAUGGCAGCGGCCUGGCAACAGCAUCUCGUCAGGCGAGGUGCGCUCCAUCGACUUUGGUGAUGCCCAGUACGGUACCCUGGUUGCUGGUGGCUCGUUUGUCCUGGACGGUACCAACGUCUUUGCGGCUAGCUACUCGUUUGCAAACAGCACCUGGCAGGCCCUCGGUACCCUCCCGGGACCUGUGACCUCCAUUGCCGUGGACGACAGGAACCUCACCAACAUUUUCGCCACUGGCUACGCGUCUGGCGACUCGACACCUUACCUCCAGCGUUGGGACGGCUCGUCCUGGUCGGAGCAAAACUCAUCCGCCCUCGAGUCUGGCACCGUGAUCCAGAACCUCGCCUUUGUCCCCGUCAAGGACACGCACACUGCCCAGGGCUCCAUUGAGUCUGACCGCAUGCUCAUGGCAUCGGGCAACGUUUUCCUGGCGCAGUCGGGCAACGUCUCGUCCGCCCUGUUUGACGGCCAGUCGUGGUACCCAUACCUGGUUGGCUCGACCUCGACUGGUACCCUGGCUGCCGCUUCGUCGCUCUUCUGGUCCGAGCAAAAGUUCAGCUUCUCCCUCGUCAAGUACCUUGCUCGCGGCCUGGUGGUUCUCGUCGCCAUGGCCAUCGCCACGGGUCUCAUCCUGUUGCUGGUCCUCAUCAUCCUCCUUGCCGCCUACUGCAUCCGCAGGCGCGACCGCAAGCAGCAGACGCCUCCCGACCACUACUCGGAGAAGGCCCACAGCGAGGGUGACGUCUCGUCGACACACCAGCUCAUCCACGACUCGGUCCAGACUGCCCUCGAGCGCUCGCUCCUCCCCGGUGCCGCCGCGGGUGCUGGUGGCCUCGCUGCCAUCCAGGGUUCGCGCCCCGAGUCCGGCGACAGCAUCUACCACGAGCCCGAGGACCACGCCAACCCGGCGCUGUACGACGACAAUUCAGACGAGGGCCGCGAGACGGUCAUGCGCUACGACUUUUACGGACCCGAGCUGCAGACGGGCGAGCUCGCGAUGCGUGCUGGCCAGCGUAUCGUCGUCCUCGACGACGAGCAGAGCGAGGAGUGGUGGUACGCCCGUGACCCGGCGACAGGGCGUGAAGGUGUUGUUCCGGCGACCUAUGUGCUGUGA